GCCCCCGCCGCCCCGGUCGCCCGUCACGUCACUUACUGCGGUGUGUGCACGUUGCCACCUGAGUACUGCGAAUAUGGCGGCACAGUCAAGAAGUGCCAGGAGUGGCUCGAGAAGAAGCACCUGGACAUGUACGCCAGGAUAUGGUCGCCAGAAGUCCUAGAAGCCGCGACAGCCUCCCUCUCGCUGGAGGCGCAGGAGCGGGCGGCCAAGGACGCCAAGAAGAAGGCGGCAAAGGCGGAGGCGGCGGAGCAGAAGCACGCUGACCGGCUAGCGAACAGCGUGGUGACGAUCAAGCGCAUCGAGCGCAACAAGCGCAAGUACGUGACGGCCGUGUCGGGGCUCGAGGCGUUCGGGCUCGACCUCAAAAAGGUGUCCAAGGACUUUGGCAAGAAGUUCGCCACGGGCUCGUCCGUGACCAAGGUGCCGAGCGGCGGCGAGGAGAUCGUCGUGCAGGGCGACGUCAGCGGCGAGAUCGAGGAGUUCCUGCUAGAGAAGUACAAGGACAUCCCCGAGGACAAUAUUGAGCUCGUCGAGGACAAGAAAAAGAAGGCCGCCGGCCCCGGC